UCCUCUAACUGAUUCGUGUUUCUUGUCGUCGCAAGAAAAUAUAACCUGUUCUCAUCGUAAUCAUGUAGGCGUUAUAUGCUUUCCUCAUGAUAGAAAUAUGCAGCAGUUUGUUGAUUUUACCGAAGAGUAUAACAAAGUUUACGAGUCUGGAAAAGAGAGAAAUCUCAGAGCAGCAAUAUUUCAUUCCAACUUGGAAAAGAUAAGAAAUCUAAAUAAAGCAGACAGAUUUUCUCCUUUUGGAAUUAACAAGUUUGCUGAUAUGUCAGACGACGAGUUUGAAUCAAUUUUUUUAAUGUCUGACGAUAGACACAAUGUUAAUAAUAGCUCAACACUAGAAACAGAUAAUGUAGACAAACGUUCCAUUGCGGACCACGUGGAUUGGACUGGUCCAAUUCCUAAAUGUUUCGAUUGGAGAGAUCGGCAUCCACCUGUCGUUACCAAAGUCAAAAAUCAAGGUAGCUGUGGUUCAUGUUGGGCAUUUGCUGCAGUUGCUCAGAUGGAAAGUGUAUGGGCCAUACAAGGGCAUCAUCCACUAGUCGAACUGUCUACUCAGCAAGUAGUAUCAUGCAGCAACGGCGAUUGUAAUGGUGGCUUCCAUAAUAUUGCAAUAGAAUACGUUUUACGAGCUGGUGGUUUAGCAAAGGAAAGUGAUUAUAAAUACGAAUCAGGAUCAGACGACGUUACAAGGAGCUGCUGUUUUUAUCCCAGCACAAUUCACGCUCGUUUUUCAGGUUUGGUUAAAAUUGGAAAAUCGAGUGCCACUGCAGAAGAUGAAUACGACAUGAUGAUGUAUCUGUACAGGCACGGCCCAAUAGCCGUCGAUUUCAACUCACAAAAUCUGAGGUUCUAUCGUGAUUCACCCAAAAUAUUAAGUUUUUGUGGAGGCAAUCAUAGGACGACUACUCAUGUUGUUGUACUCACUGGGUUUGGAGUCAGCGAUAGCGGCACACCAUUUUGGAUUGCAAGAAAUUCUUGGGGAGACAGCUGGGGCGAUGGCGGUUACUUCCUUAUCGAACGUAACGUCAACAUGUGUGGAAUCGCUGAAAGAGCGUAUGCAGCUUACAUUACACCGUAAUUGACAACGUGUAAUUGUUCGAGACACUAUAAAUGUGCUUGCGUAGCCAUAAGAGCUACUUAACGUUUUCUUUCUCUUUUCUGAUUUUGUCGCAUCUAUAUACUGAUAUUGUCAGUUUGAAUGAGUUUAGUCUAACAAAUAACGGAAGGCUAACGUCUUUGCUUUGCAACUUUAAA